GAGCUGCCGCUGGCGCGGGCGCCCCUGGCGGGCUGGAUGAGCGACUGGCGAGAGCCUGGGGCGCGGCCGCCCCCGGGCGCGGUCGACGAGGCCGGCGGCGCGGGAGAGUACUUCCCGGUGCCCGAGGUGCAGCAGCUCGACCCCGACAUCGGCUUCGGGCUGACCAGGCGAGAGAAGCUGCAGGUGAGGGGGCUCGCGAAUGACGCCGUUGAGAGCUUGAAUUGGAUGCGUGGCGCGCGCUGGCGUGAGGCCGGCCGCGCGCGGCCGCGCCUGGCGACCUUCGAUAGGGUAGCUGGAUUGCGGCGGGACACGCGGCGUCGGGCGCAGUUGGCCGCGACUGGCUGGCGGCGCUCGAGCAGCGCGACUUCGUCGCAGCAGGCUCUUCCACAGCUGCUGCGGGGUCAUGGCCCCUAUGCCGAGACCCGAGCUAACCUGGCCUCCUUCGUGCACGACCGGCUCAGCAUCCCUGAGGACGUCAGGCGGGCACCUCGAGUGGAUCGACUGUUGCCGGAUGCGGCGUUGAAGUUUUUGAAGGAGUACGAGAGCUACCUGCUGAGGUCGCCCGAGGGGGUGGCCGUUCUCGACAAGGCGCUGGGCCCUGUGCUGCCCUGCGCAGACCCCGUGCUGAAGUCCAAUGGGAAGGUGUGCGUUGGGCUGGUCAAGAGGCUCCUGCGAAUAGGGCUGGUGCGACUCAGUGCCAGUAAGAAGUGCGACGUGGGCGUGUUUGUGGUGAAGAAAAAGGACGGCUUGCAGCGGAGCGAAGUGGGUGCUGUUUACCUAGGGACCUCGGACGUGAAGGACUGCUUCCACUGGUUGAGGUUCCCGAAGGAGUCGAAGCUCGACGAGUGCUUCGCCUGCCCCGAGGUGUGGGCCUCCGAGCUCGUUGAGAAGGACAUUGUGUCGAACCCGCUCGCGCAGUCCCCCCCCAUGGGCUGGGCGCGGAGCCUCUGCGUUGCUCAGGGGGCCAACGCCCGGCAGAUGGGGAUGACCAAGGAGCUGGGGGGCUCGCACCUUCUUCAGGAUCGUGGGCCGCCGCUGGUGCUCCAGGGAGGAGGGGGCGACGCUGGGCGAGUCAAGUGCUGCUACGUCGACAACUUAGGCGUGCUGGCCGAUGACGAGGAGUACGUGCGCAAUGGACUGACCGCGGUGACCGAGGCCUUCGGGGGCCAGGGGGUGACGGUGCACGAGACGGAGGUGACCUGCGAGUGCGGGGUGGCCCUGGGCAUCGAGGUGGGCGGAGCUCGGGGCUGGGCUCGGCCGACGGCCAAGAGGUUCUGGCGCGCGCGGGACUCCAUCCAGGAGGUGUUGCGGCGCGGUGUCUGCAGCGGGCAUGAGCUCGAGGUCCCUGUGGGGCAUGUGACGUUCGUGGCCUUGAUCAGGCGGGGGCUGCUGCCCAUUCUCCACGGCGCCUACAGGUUUGUGAAGAUCUGUGCGAAGUGGGAUGUUCAGUGGCUGCCAGGCGUCGACCAGACCGAUGCCUCACCGUGGGGCUUCGGGGUGGCCUGCUCGCAGUGGCCGGUGGCGGCGGUCGCGGACGCUGGGCGAGUGCCCGAGCGCGCCCAGUUCCGCCUGGGGGCCGAGGCCGCGAGGGGCCACGCUUUUGCUGCUGCAGGGCUGGAGGAGCGCGACGACGGGCUGCUGCAGGCUCGAGCCGAGCCUACCAAGGGCGAGGCGCUGAGAUGGGAGCGCGACAGGGGCUUCAAGCUGCUGACCCUUAUUAGGCGGGCUGGCCCGCGGCUGGUUUUCCGCUGGGUGCCUUCAGAGCUGAACGGCAGCGACAAGGGAA